AAAUAGAUAGCUGUUUCCAGGACGGAUGGACUUCCCAACCUAGCAAUGAUUUAGCCCUGACUCUGCUUUAUAAACCAGAUAGUAACAAGAGGAGGUCAUAUUAGUAGUAGUUUUAUAUAUUUUUUGUAUCCUAUAUGUGUAUAAUGGAGUACUUUCUGCUCUUAACAAUUUCCUCAGCUGUUUUUGAUCAGACCUGGUGUCAAAACUAUUCCAACACCACCCUUGGACCAAACAACAUCACCAAUCCAAAUCUGGUGUGUGCAAACCUAGGUACUCUACAAAAUGGGAUCUGCCUCUGCCUCGAUGAUUGGACUGGAGCCUCCUGCAACAUUUCAAAUUUCUGCCCUGGACAAAACCCCACAAAAAGCAGCAAAUAUACCUUUCCAAAAACUGUCUUAGGCCAGUUUGCUUCCUCCGUAGAGCGAUGUCCCCAAGAAACAACAAAUGAUGGCAUCCCACUGGCUUCGGCCCUUUGUAAUAAAAUUACUCACUCAUUUGAUUCUCCAAAGACUGUAAAUUGUAGUUUGACCCUGGACACCAUCAAUGCAGAUGUUACAGGAGCUACUCUCGAACAAAAACAGAACUUAGCCUCCAGCACCCAGAUCCUCACAUCCAUACCAGAACGGCUAACACCCCACAACAUCACAAAUGCAGCAAAAAUAACCAACUUCCUACUUUCUGAUCAACAAACUACACCACCUACGGAUAUUGCCGUGUCAGCAGUCGCUACAAUCAGUCAGCUCCUGAGUGCAAGUCAUGAGAUGUACUCUUCAGUUGACCAUACUGCAAUUUCGGAACUAACACAGACACUACAGAAACUCUCUCUGCGUGAGAACUCAAAUUCAUUGUUGGUGCAACCAAAUAUGGCAGUUCAGUUGCUGAAGAUGGAAACUCCAAUCAAAAAUGCUCAAUUAACCUCAUUUAAAGGGCAGAGUGAUAUCUUUUUGCCUGACAGAAUAAAACUGAAUACAAUAAAUGCUGAGAUUUUCAAGGAUAAUGUUGACCUUCAAAUUAAUAUCACAUUACGUAAAGAUUCUAAUAAAGUUGGGUUUGUCCUCUACGAUAAUGACAAGUUCUUCCAGUCAAAAAGCUUUCGACCUUCUCUGGAUACCAAGAGAAAAGUGAUGUCUGCUAACAUUCAAGAAGACUUUCAGUUUGAUAUCCUGUUUGCAAUCACACCAUCGGCCGUUUCCACAACAUCCCUCAAUGACUUCGCAUGUGUGUUUUGGAGUUACACUAAAAAUGACUGGAGCACAGAAGGCUGCACUAAAAAGAAGAGCCCCUCUGGACCUGCAGUUUGCAUUUGUAACCCCGGAAAACAUGGAAAAGUAAACUUUGCCAUUCUAAUGACAUUUGAUAUCAACUAUGAAUAUUCUGAAGCCUUGCAAUGGAUCAGCAUCACCGGCUGUGCUCUGUCUGUGGUGGGACUGUCUUUCACAGCAUUGUACCAAAUCAUAACCAGGAAGUCAAGAGGAGGCAGCCCUACUCUGCUAGUAGUGAAUGUCUGUAUAAGUAUGACAGUUUUCUACCUUCUCUUCAUCUUCGGCAUAAACAACCCUGUCCAACAUGUGAAUGUGGCAAAGGUGUCUGGGGAGAAUAUAGUUCCCGAGUCUGAUCAACACAAGUACUCAGAUCAGGGACCCUGUACAGCAUUUACAGCUCUGCUUCAGUACUUCCUGUUGGCUACAUUCACUUGGAACACUUUGUACGGCAUUAAUGUAUUCCUGCUCUUCAAAAACUCAGUGUCUGGAACACCUUCAUGGUUUCCAAAGGUCUCCAUGGCUGUAGGAUGGGGUUUGCCUGCUGUUAUUGUUGGUAUCUCAUUGGGUUCCACUUACCGUGUGGAGGAGCCUUUAGGUUAUCGACAAGAAGAGUUUUGCUGGCUGGCUUUCUUGGACCACAAACAAACUUUCAGUAUAAAGAAACCAAUGGUUUGGGGAUUUGUGCUCCCUUUACUGCUCAUGCUGAUCUCAAGCACAGCAAUACUGCUGCACUUCUCAAAACAAAUCUGCAGGACCAACCCUAACUUAAACAGAUCAAGUAAAACUUCUCUGAAGAAGAAGAUGUUGAGUAGUUUUUCUCUGGCAGUGAUGCUUGGCUUGUCUUGGGUCACAGGCUACAUUUUGCUGAUCACCCAAGAAAAAAAUCUACAAUUUAUUCUCAGUGUGGUUUUUUGUCUCUUAAACACAACACAGGGUGUUCAGAUAUUCAUUUUAUUUGCUCUAAGGCCUUUUCUAAACUCAAAUCCAGCUAUUCUUAACUCUCUGCAUGCACCAGAAAUAGGCUUUCACAAGAAAUCAUUUUUUUUAUGGAAGAAUAAGACACCAGAAAGCAACGAAAGAUACAAAUCCACAGAUGGAGACUCAACCUAACAGGCCGUCAAAGAUCUGGCAUAGAUCACUGGUGAGACUGUGGUCUUCACCUCAGGAGUGAUAUACAUCAUGCAGUGAAGGCUCAUUAAAUGAAUGAAGACAAGGAGAAAUAACAAAUUUGGUUUUGGGGCUUGUAAAUGGGGCUUAAUAUGUGCAUAUUUCUCUUCUAAUUCAGACAAGAUUACUUUUGAUAAUAGAAGAUACACUUUUUAAAUGGAAACAGUGGUUUGAAGUUAAAACAUCUUAAUGAUUUAGGUUUUUUUUUUUUUUACAAACACAAAGCUUUUCACUC